AUGCCAACCAAAACUCUCGUUCUCGUCAAUACCACCGGACGACAAGCAGCUUCCGUCGCUCGGGUUGCGUCCGCCCUUGGUUACCAUGUCAGGGCACAUGUCUACCAAAAGUCCCACCCCGUCGCCCUCGAGCUCGCCCAGCUGGAGAAUGUGACCGUCGUGGAAGGUUCUCUAGACGAUACCAGAUUUGUGGCCAAGCUCUUCAACAAAGUGCAGAGAGCUUUCAUCAAUACCGUUUCAUUCGGGGAUGAACUCGCUAUUGGAAAGUCCCUCGCAGAUGCCGCCAAGAAAGCUGGGAUCCAGCAUUACAUCUACAGCAGCAUGCCGGACCACAGUGUCUAUCGCAAAGGAUGGCCAGCAUUACCAAUGUGGAGCGUCAAAUUCACGGUGGAGAAUUACAUCCGACAAAUUGGCCUGCCCGCAACGUUCGUGUACGCCGGCAUCUACAACAAUAACUUCACCUCCCUGCCCUAUCCACUCUUCUGCAUGAAGCUCCUCCCAGACGCAACCUUCGAGUGGAAAGCUCCCUUCCACCCACAUACCCCAUUGCCGUGGCUUGAUGCAGAGCAUGACGUUGGUCCUGCCGUCCUACAGCUCAUCAAAGACGGGCCGAAGAAAUGGAACAAUCAUCGUGUCCCUUUAGCAUUCGAGCUCCUCUCACCUGACCGCGUCUGCUACCUCUUCUCCCGUGCUCUCAACCGCCGCGUGAACUACCAAUUCUCCCCCACCAUCGAUAUCGAAGUCACCAUCCCGAACGGCUAUCGCGAGCAACUCCAGGGUCUAGAAGUUGUCUUCGGCAAAUACGACGCUCCCUACUUCGGCCCUGAGUUGGAAGAUGGGGACCGAGGGAGGAAUGUAGAGAAGGCGGAGGAUGACGCGGACGAUACGGUGGUACAAGAGUCAAGGGCGCUGUGGGGUGGAUGGAGGGGCAUGGAAGAGUAUGCGAGGGAGGUGUUCCCGCUCGAGGAGUCCAAUAAUGGAUUGACGUGGAUGAAGGAAGAUGAGGGUAAUGACGAUAUGAACAAUACACAGUGA